AUGAAAGAUGCAAAAAGAGACUUGUCAUUUCUCAGAGAUAAAGUUAAAAGUUAUAUUGACAAGCAUCAUUAUGAAUCUGCAUUAUUUUGGGCUGAUAAGAUGGUAUCACUCUCAGAUGGAUUACCAGAAGAUUUAUACUGGUAUGCACAGACCCUUUAUUUAACAGGCCAAUAUCACAGAGCUUCACAUUUAUUGAGGAGUAGAAGAUUAGAUAAGAUGUAUCUUGCCUGUAGAUAUCUAGCUGCCAGAUGUCAUUAUCAAUAUAAAGACUAUCAAGAAGCGUUAGAUAUAUUAGAUGGUUUAGAUAAUAAUUGUAGUAAUUCUAACAUGACCUCUCUACCUAGUCUCAGUUUUAAUCAAACUCAAUCAGAUAUAGAAAAUUCUAUAUUAUUAUUACGAGGUCAGAUCUAUGAAGAAAUGGAUAAUAGAAGUCUAGCUGCUGAUUGUUUUCAGAAAGCUCUACAACAUGAUGUUUAUUGUUUUGAAGCAUUUGAAUUAUUAGUCAAUCAUCAUAUGUUGACAUCUAAAGAAGAACAUGACCUAUUAGAAUCUUUACCAUUCUCUUCACAAUGUCCUCAAGAUGAAAUACAACUUGUUAAAUUUUUAUAUCAAGACAGAUUAAAAAAGUAUGAUGAACCAGGCAAUCUAAAAGUACCAGAAUCUCUGUUAUGUCUACAAGAUAAUUUAGAUACAGUUGUUAAUUUAGCAGAAAGACAUUAUUAUAAUUGUCAUUUUAGAGAAUGUUAUAAUUUAACUUUAUCUGUUUUAGGUAAAGACCCAUAUAAUUAUAAAUGUUUACCAAUACAUAUAGCAGUGUUAACAGAACUUAAAAAAUCUAAUGCAUUAUUUUACCUAGCUCACAAAUUAGUUGAUUUUUAUCCCAAUAAACCUAUAUCCUGGUUUGCUGUAGGUUGUUAUUAUAUAUUAACAGAAAUGUGUAACCCAGCACGACAGUAUCUCAGUAAAGCAACUACAUUAGACAGAGCUUAUGGACCAGCUUGGUUAGCUUAUGGUCACAGUUUUGCUGUGAAGAAGGAACAUGAUCAAGCAAUGGCAGCCUAUUUUACAGCCUCACAAAUUUUACGAGGAUGUCAUCUACCCGCUUUAUAUAUAGGGUUAGAAUAUGGUUUAACAAAUAAUUCCAAACUAGCUGAAAAAUUCUUUAAUCAAGCUUUAAGUAUAGCACCAGAAGAUCCUUUUGUUCUUCAUGAAAUGGGUGUCAUUGCUUUUCAAAAUCAAAAUUAUACAGAGGCAGAAAAAUACUUUCUUGAUGCUUUACAACGAGUUCAGAAUAUAGAUAGAAAUGUCAUACCUGAUAAAUGGGAACCAUUACUAACUAAUCUAGGUCAUGUGUCACGUAAACUCAAAAAAUAUGAUGAAGCAUUAGAUUAUCAUAGAAAAGCUCAAAGUUUGGUACCUCAAAAUCCUUCUACCUAUUCAGCUAUAGGAUUUGUUUAUACUCUAAAAGGGGAUAAUUUGAAAGCAGUUGAUUAUUUUCAUAAGGCUUUAGGUAUACGCAGAGAUGAUGCUUUCUCAACCACAAUGUUAGGAAAUGUUAUGGAUGCUCUAAUGUUAGAUAUGUCACCAGGUUUUGGUAUGUUGUCUCACUCUUUUAUUUGA